AUGUAUACAUUCAGAUUUAAUGCGUUUUUUCCGACUGCGUCUUUUUUCAGUGGGCCGUACGCUCGAAUCCCCCAGCCGAGUCCCCAGGAGAUCCCCAUCGGAGUUAUCGUUUUGCGGGUCUCUGCAUGUUUUCCUGAAGAAGAGACGAUCGAACUGAGGGUGGCUUACAGCUGCGAGUCUUUCUGUGGCCGGACUGCCGACAUGGGUCCCAUCCCGCAGUAA